CGCCAAUCAACUCUAACCAGUUCUUUUCCCUUCCACUUAUUCCAUGAUGACGAGCUGAAGUCCUGUUUACUGCAUCCCAGCCUUGCUUUGACAAACAUGCAACAUUCUCGAGCAUGAACACCUCAAUCUCGUCGGCGUUCCUCCGGCGCGUCUCCGCCAGCCCGGCGCAAUGGACAUGCACGUCAUGCCGUAGCUCACUGACAAAGACGGCCCCGAGCCAGUCGUCCAUGCGUCGACAACUUGCCGCUGGGAAGAGAUUCCAAUCCAACAGCUCAACGAAACGGCGCACGAAGCCGACAAGGAAACUUGUCUUGUACGCCGGAGGCGCGGCUGGAGUAGGUCUCUUGACCGUGGCAGACGACAUCAAAGGUACAUACGAAGGCGCAGAGAGAGCAGGGAGAGUGGCAUCUGCCCUAUUCAUUUGUAUAAAUGACUACCGAACAACGUUGAACCAGAGGGAUCAGAUCCAAGAUGAGGAGGAGAAGAGCUCGCUGCUGAAGAGCUGCCACAAGAGGAGUGCCGAGAGGACAUUGAGGGUCCUGGAGAAGAAUGGCGGGAUAUUCAUCAAGCUGGGGCAGCACCUGAGUGCCAUGAACUACCUCCUACCAACCGAAUGGACGACGACAUUCAUACCCUUACAAGACAAGUGCCCGGUGUCCUCAAUCGAGUCGAUCGAGGAGAUGUUCAAAAAAGACACGGGAGAGGACCUGUCCGACUACUUUUCCGAAUUCUCCCGCGAGCCGAUCGGGGCAGCUUCCCUGGCUCAGGUACACUUGGCCACCAUCAAGGAGACGGGUCAGAGGGUCGCAGUCAAGGUGCAACAUCCAGCCCUGGCGAGUUGGGCACCCCUUGAUCUGGCCUUGACGAGGUUCACCUUCACAACCUUGAAGAGGUUUUUCCCGGAGUACGAUCUAGAAUGGCUGUCCAAGGAGAUGGAUGCGUCGUUGCCCCAGGAACUCAACUUCCAGUGUGAGGCCGACAACGCGAUGCGCACGAAGGCCUAUUUCGCCAAGUUCCCGAAUAUACCGCUCGUUAUCCCCUCGGUCAUCUGGGCGAAGAAGCGGAUCCUCGUGAUGGCCUGCGAAUCUGGCCACCGGCUGGACGACCUGGAGUAUCUCGACUCUCAAGGCAUCGACCGCGACGAGGUGUCGGCGACUUUGGCCCAUAUAUUCAAUGAGAUGAUCUUCGGCGAAGGCGCACCGCUCCAUUGCGAUCCGCACGGCGGCAACAUCUCCAUCCGCAAGAACGACUCGCGGCGGUAUGGCGCCAACUUCGACGUGAUCUUGUACGACCAUGGGCUCUAUCGCGAUAUCGAGACCAGCAUGCGCCGGUCGUACGCCAAGAUGUGGCUGGCACUCUUGGACGGCGAUAUGGAGCGCAUGAAGGAGCACACCAAAGACGUGGCCGGCAUCACAGACGAGCAGUUUCCCCUGUUCGCAUCCGCCAUCACGGGCCGCGACUUCACGGUUGUCCAGUCAUCCAUCAUGAAGCCCAAGUCGCCCGAUGAGCAGAAGACCAUGUCCAGCGCUCUUCAGGAGGGCCUGCUCGAGGACCUCAUCCAGCUGCUGGGUCAGGUGCCGAGGAUCAUCCUCCUGAUCCUCAAGACCAAUGACCUCACCCGCAGCCUCGACGAGAGCCUGCACACGCGGCAGGGGCCGAUCAGGAACUUCCUCAUCCUUGCCAGGUACUGUAUGAGGACGGUGUUCAACGAGCAGAUGGAGCAAAUCAGACAUCAUGGGUCGUACCUGUGGCCGCCCAACACGCUGAGGUUGAUCGCCGCGUCGCUGGGCUUCCUCCGCGUCGAGGUCAAGCUCAAGGCAUUUGAGUUGUGGCUCAUGGUGAAGAGAAUGGCAGGACUCAGCACGACGAACAUGAUGGGGAUGUGAUCGUCUCGGGAUGGUGGUACAUUUUCUGAUUGCGAUACAAUAUAGAUUCACGAUACCUUGCAUGGGUCCUGGUAGAGGGCGAUGGUGCAUAUUUUUACAUAGGGUGAAUAGACAAAUUGUACUUGUUUCCGAGCG